AUGGGUCGCCCAAAGCGCAACGUCCUCGCCGCGGCGGAGGAGUCCCUGACGCCCCCCGACGAGCUGCUGCCCAACCAGUCCGUUGUCCGCGUCGUCAAGCCCGAAGGGAACAAUCUCUACGCCUGCGAGUUCCCCAACAAGAAGCCCGUCGUCCUCGAGCUCGCCCAGCGGUUUCGCAACACGAUAUGGAUCAAGCGCGGGGGCUUCGUCCUCGCCCAACGCUACGAUGAUAAUCUGCGUCCUGCGGGAGAGAUUGUCAACAUUGUGCGCGACGAGAAGCUGUGGAGAAAACAGCCAUACUGGCCAAAGGAGUUUGCCAAGAGCGCAUACGACAUGAGCGACGACGACGACGAUUCCAAUGUCGGCAAGAUGCCCUCCAGCGACGACGACGAAUGA